CCGAGAGGGAUGAAGUAGGAGCUUGAGCUUUGAGGCUAGGGCAGAUGUUGUACACGUGCUGAUUGCAUGGGGGCCAAAUGUCCGCCAAUGUAAAUCGCGAGAAGAUCGCGCGAUGUGCUCGACCGUUCGUUGUUGGAGUCUUUUAUGUUGCUUUACGAAACCAAACACCAACGCCCUUUUUAAAGCAUAUAUCUUCUCCACUAUAUAACAGCCACCUUUGCAUUCAAGAAGUAUACAAAACAAAACAAAAACUCGAUUUUCUCUUUCACUUUUUUGUUUUGUAAGUAAAACCCUCAACGUGUCUUGUCGUUUGGGCCAGGACUGUAUUGACCCUGUUCUGCUUGAUGUUGGAGGCAAAGAAUUAACUUUUAUUCUCAAGCAUUGGGUUCUUUUUAUUUUUGAUAUCUGGUAAUCAGAUCAAGAGGUUUUUUUUUUAUAAUUUUUUUUGAAAAAGAGAUAUUAAAUUUUCAUUGGAUUUCUGGGUUUGUGAUUUAAUUUUGAUUGAUAUAUUGGGAAGAUGAAGUUUGGAGAGACUUUUAAAGAGUAUCUGCACGGGGAUCAGGAGUGGUUUUUGGAAAAGUUUUCUCAUGUUGAGUAUAAAAGGCUUAAGAAAGUGCUGAAAAGCUGCAGAACCUGUAAAGCAUUACCUGACUCUAAUAAUAAAACUGAACAAAGAGACGAGGAGGAUAAUCCCACAUUGUCUCAGUUUUGUCAAUGCCAAUCUUGCCCAGUGUGUGAUCAGAUGUUCUUUACUGAGUUGAUGAGAGAAGCUACGGAUAUUGCUGGGUGCUUUAGUUCCAGAGCCAGACACCUCCUCCAUCUUCAUGUUGCCACUGGAAUGCAGAGAUAUGUAUUGCGGUUACUGCAAUGUUUUAAAAAUGACCAUCAAGCAUUGGUACAAGAAGGGCAGAUGCUAAUAGAAUAUAUUUCAAUGAAUGCAAUUGCUAUCGGUAAAAUCUUGAAGAAGUAUGAUAAAGUACAUAGCUCUGUAAAUGGCAAAAAUUUCAAAUCCAAGAUGAGGGCUGAACAUCUAGAGCUUUUGCAAUCACCUUGGCUGGUAGAAUUGGGAGCUUUUUACUUGAAUUUUAAUGGAUCAGAUGGCGGAGAGUUCAUUCAGUUUUCUGGUUCUUUUGUUUGCGACCUCAGUGCAACAGAACCUGUGAUGACAAUGAUGCUUCCAAAUUCAAUAAAGCUAGAAUACGAUCUAACAUGUGCUAUUUGCUUGGAAAUUGUUUUUAAUCCAUAUGCAUUGAGUUGCGGUCAUCUUUUUUGCAAGUCAUGUGCUUGCUCAGCUGCUUCUGUGAUGAUCUUUCAGGGACUUAAAGCCACAAGCCCAGAUUCGAAGUGCCCAAUUUGUAGAGAGGCUGGAGUAUAUGCUAACGCGGUACACAUGCUGGAGCUAGAUCUUGUAAUUAAAAGAAGGCACAAAGAUUAUUGGAAGGAGAGGCUCAUAGCUGAACGUGCGGAGAUGGUAAAGCAGUCCAAGGAGUACUGGGAAUUGCAAACCAAAUAUGUGAUUGGCUAUUAGUUAAUGAACUAGUGGAUCUCCUUCAGUCCUUCUCAAGAUGAAGCCAUUGAUGAGUUCAAUGAAUGUAGAGCUUUGUAUCAAUCAAGCAAGGUAGAGAGGCUUGGCAAUUGGUUGCCUGUAGUUGUAGCUAUUUCAUUUAAAUGCUCUAGACUUUGACUAAGAGAGCAGUGAGAGCAUUGUAUCCAUCUUUCGGCUGUAAUUAAACAUUUUUUCUCCUUGGACCUCUUGAGUGAUGGGUCCAUUUAUUCAUGGUUGAACUGAUAACAAGAAAUGACAAAGAUUUUUUCCUUUUUGUUGUA